AUGGAGUCCGUUCAUGCGGGGUUGAGGGAUUCCAGAAGACGUUUCCAUUGCCUCCACCUCGCGCCGCCGUUCCUGCUCGACGACUACAUCCCCCGCUACCAGCUGCUGUCGUCGACGGACGCGGCCAAGAAGCGCUCUCAGGCUUACGCCCAUCUGCGCGAGUGCAACCUCUGCCCCCGCUUGUGCGGCGUUAACCGCUACGAGACGACUGGCGUGUGCCUUAUUGGCGCGGAGACGGUCAAGGUCAACACUAUCGCGCCGCAUUUUGGUGAAGAGCCAUGCCUGCAGGGCCACAACGGGUCGGGGUCGGUCUUCUUCUCGGGGUGCAACCUGCGGUGCGUCUUCUGCCAGAACCACGACAUCGCGCACCAGCGCAACGGGUUCGACCUGACACCGGAGGAGCUGGCCGAAUGGUACAUCAAGCUGCAGGAGGUGGGGCGCGUGCACAACAUCAACCUGGUGACGCCCGAGCACGUCGUGCCGCAGGUGGUGCUGUCGAUCCUGGCCGCGCGCGACCUCGGCCUGCGCCUGCCCAUCGUGUACAACACGAGCGCGUUCGACAGCCUCGAGAGCAUCGCGCUCCUCGACGGCCUCGUCGACAUCUACCUCCCUGACUUCAAGGUCUGGAACCAAGCUACCUCGAGGCGCCUCCUCAAGGCCGACAACUACGCCCCCACCGCCAUGCACAGCGUCAAGGCCAUGCACGCCCAGGUCGGCGACCUCUGCUUCACCCCCGACGGCAUCGCGAAAAGCGGCGUCCUGGUCCGCCAUCUCGUCAUGCCGGGCAAGGAGGACGAGGGCGCCGCCAUCAUGCGCUGGCUCGCGCAAAACGUCUCCAAGGACCUCUUCGUCCACGUCAUGGAGCAGUACUUUCCGCGCGCCCACGUCGGCAAGAAAAAUCGCGGCAACGCGGAAAAGAACCUGGACGUCGAGGUGUCGGAGCCGGGCGGCGCCAAGACGGAGAAGAGCGCGGCCGUGAACGUACGCUAUGCGGAUAUCAACCGCGCGAUCAAGGACGAGGAGCUCUCGGUCGUCAAGAGGGCGGCGGUCGAGGCGGGGCUGUGGCGCUUCGUGGAGCCGGCUGAGCACGGCGGGUUUAACCUUUAG